UUGACUGGCCUGGAAAAGUAUACGCAAUAUGCCGUCACAGUCUCGGCUUUUAAUGUCAAAGGUGAUGGACCACCAAGUGAAGUUGCUUUAGGUCAUACCCUAGAAGAUGCUCCCUCUGCUCCUCCACAGGGUGUAACUUGUAUUGCUUUAACCGCGCAGAAUAUACAGAUUUCAUGGCAAUCUCCACCAAAAGAAAACCAUCAUGGUGUCAUUCAGGGUUAUAAGGUUCUAUACGAACCGGGUAAUUUUGAUUCAGAAUAUGGCAGCAGAGAAACUAAAAUCACCUCAGCUUUGAGUACAGUUUUACACGGUCUACAACCGUUUACAAAUUAUAGUGUACAGGUUCUGGCUUUUACUAGAGCUGGCGAAGGAGUUGUAAGUUCAACAGUUUCAUGUACAACUGAAGAAGCUGUGCCAGAUGCUCCUGAACGUGUUAAAUCGGUAGUAAACUCAGAGUCAUCGGUCAUUAUUAGUUGGCUACCGCCACGUAGACCCAAUGGUAUUGUUACCAAAUAUAAUGUUUAUAUACGAAUUUUAGACAAAGGCCAGGAAUUGAAAAUACUUAAAGAAGUUUUACCAGCACAAAAUAGGCAUUUUGAAGCGAAAGAUUUGUCAACACGUGAAACUUACGAAGCCUGGGUUACGGCAUCUACAAGAGUGGGUCAAGGACCUAGUACACCUGUUAUUAAACUUAUUCCCAGUUCAUCAGUACCGGCUGCUAUAAUUUCAUUUAGUCAAACAUUAAGUGUAAGUUGGAGAGUGGAUAUGAAAUUGCCAUGUCUUUUUGUGGGAUCGCCAAAACCCAAUGCCGAAUGGAAAGUUUUAAAUGCACGUUCUAAAAAGCAUUUUCGCCUAGAAGUAAGCAAUGACAAUACACUAACACUUAGAAGCAUACAACGAUCCCACGAGGGUAACUAUUCAUGUGUGGUACGCAAUGCCAUUGGUUCCGAUCACAUUGUUUACCAGUUAUUUGUUCAAGUUCCACCUUCGGCACCUGUUGUUUCGGUUAUAGGUACAACAGCAAACUCGGUUUCAUUGCAAUGGAGAGUAGAUGAUAUUGGUGGAGCCCCAUUACGUGGUUUCACUUUAACUUUCCGCAAAGAAUUUGGAGAUUGGGAAGAAAUUCAAUUAGAUAGACGAGUAAAUUCCCAUCUUCUAGAAGAUCUUCAAUGUGGAACGAGUUAUCAAUUCACAAUCGUGACUUUUAAUAAAAUAGGAACAAGUGCAACCAGUCCAAUAGAAAUAGCUAAAACUCAAGGAAAUAAACCAAAUGCUCCCAACAAACACAGUCUCAUACGAGCUAACAUUACUUCAGCUCUAAUAGAAUUAUCCUCAUGGCAAGACGGAGGUUGCCCCAUCCAAUAUUUUAGUAUUGAAUUCAAACGUUAUGGUAUUGCAAGUGACUGGAUAAUCGUAUCUAGUCGUAUCGAAUCUCACACUCGAUAUACAAUUGGAGACUUGGAAGCUGGAACUCUGUACAAUUUGCGAGUGACGGCGCACAAUAAUGCAGGGUCCACCGUUAAGGAAUACACCUUUGAAACAUUGCGUUUUAGUGGAAUGUCAGGCGAACUUGAUCAGAGUGAUUUACCAGAAGUGAACUCAUUGUUCCGAGAUGCCCAUUUAAUAGCCGUGAUUAUAACUUCGGUAUUUGGCACAAUAUUGGCUCUGAUCGGGGCCUGCAUAUGUUUCAAAAACUAUCCUCGACAUAUCUUUUCACGUAACGUGGACACUAUGAGGCUUCCUGGCAGCGAGGGAAAGGACCUACAACACCGUGAGCAAUAUUAUGGUACGAUGCGCAAAUCGUGUCAGCAAUCACCGGGAGAUUCGGUUGUUGCACUUGAGCGCAUACCUGAAUACUCUGAAGAUAUAUAUCCUUACGCUACAUUCCAUUUACCAGAACACGAAAACCAAUCGGCCAACAUACCACUCAACCGUAAGGGCAUGCAACCUAUGUACGAUCCACGCAGCGGUGACGACAACACCCUCUCUAGUGCGGGGAUGAAAGUGAAGAGAUCUGUAUCGGGUAGCGGCAAUAUAUCAAUGGGUGGUGGAGAAUGCAGCCACACAAAUACGGAGAAGAGACACAAGCGCCGUUCCAAAGCUAUAAAAUCGGAAUCAGAAGAAUAUGACAGUUUGAAUAGUGACAGUGAUUUAAGUGGCGAACGCAUUCGAGACGAUAACCGUAGUACGAGAACUGAUGCUUCAAGUCAGCUAGAAAAUUCCGGAUAUAACAUUCAUGGCCACAGUCCGCGAAGUAGCGGCAGUAACAAAGAACGCCUGUCGGUAUUUAGCAGGCCUCAACUUCAUAAAAACAUUUUACCGAACCGCCUGAAAGAUUCCACGAACGAGAGCUUACGCACUUCUAAUGGACCUGCACCAGAAUCGGCCAAUGAAACCGUUUUCAAAAAUUCCAAGCGACCUUCAUUUAAAUCGCCUAAAUCCCUUUUUCAAAUAAUUAAACCCACAAAAAUUUUAACCAAUACGACACACACAAUCAAUCCUCCCACAGCAUGUCCCACAAAUAUAAAUUUAAAUCGUUCUACCGAAAAUCUUUCCCAACCAAAAGUACGCAUCCAACCCAAACCUCCACAUCAAUUUGUACAUUUAAUACAACGUCCCAUGUCCGAGAACAUAAAUGCACAAAAUCAGCAACCGCCUCGACCACCAUCACCUUCACCCUCAUAUCGUUUUGCAUCGUCUUCCAAGCAUGAAAAUCUAGCAGCCACUGCUACCACUCAACCACAGCCUCAUCAUCAAAAAACGACUAAUAAUUCUCGCAGUAGUCCCAGUGCUUUGAUCAUAUUGAAGUCAUCUGGUAGCGGCAGUGGUAGUAGUGAUAGUGUUGGAUAUCACAAGAGCUCCUUAUCCAAUAGCAGCAUGGACGCGGUGCCGCUCGACUACAGGAUCUUUGACCCGCCACCCAAGCAACGUAAACAGCAACAACAGCAAUCAGUUAACAAAACACAGUCACCCAAACAUCAUGAGCGAAAACCCUCAGACGAAUGUGCCAAAAAUUCAACCAACCAUACAAAUUUGUCCGGCAGUAUAUCCAGCAAAAUACGACCAAAAACUACCGAUAAUAGUUCCAACAGCGGCAACAAUCUCUCCGGUGAAUUCCAAUGUUCACCUAACGGCAUCCCCUCCCCGCAUAUUGUCCAGUCGGGCUCCUAUGUUGAAAUACUAAAACAAACCGGUAAUCAGGCGGCUGCACAAGCCACUUCAGCUGCAUCCCAGCAUGAACGUUUAAUGAGCCAUGUCAAAAAUCCUCUCAAUUCAGCAGCAUCUCUGGCAUGUCAUAACAAAAGCUAUGGCGAUUUUCUAACUAUAACACCUAGACGCAAGGAAAAACUUUUGGGCGGUGAUGGUAAAUCAGGUGUAGUCGGUGAGGGUCAUGACAAUUAUCGUCAUCAUUUACCACACAGUAUUGAGCCACUCCAUCUACUGGGCAUACCAAAUGACAAUAUGUCAACAUUCUUUGAUUACCGAGCUAUGGAGACACUAAGCAAUGCCGAUACCCUGGCCAUUGGUUCAACCAUGUCGGGCCAUUUAUACCCUUCCAAACUUACCAACAACAAACAGCAGUAUGAUGCCGCCAAAACACAAACAUCAGUAACAGCACAAGUACCCGACGAAUAUCAUCACAUUAUCAGUGAGAAAAACUUGAGCCCUCCUUCGGCAUUUUGUGAUAACAUAUCAUCGAUGAAUAAGGCUUAAAAAUAGGACCUCUUUUGAAACCAAAUAAUAUAGACCAAUCAAUUCUUUAUUAUGUUUGGUAUUAUUAUUUAUUAAUUCUCAACAUAUCGUAAUAAUUUUUGCAUUUAACUUGAAGCGUACUGAUUCCAGCAUAUCCGCUUUUUGACUUACAUAUAAAAGAAACUUUUUUGUAAAAAAACAUCGAAAUUUUUUGAUUAAGAAAUUCCCGGAAAAUACAUAAACUGUUAAGUAUUAAAAAGAACUAACAAACAAAUGCAUUUAAAUGAAAAAAAUUUAAAAUUCGGAUUCAAACAAAUUAGUUAAUUCGAACGAUAAAUAUUUUAGCGUAAGAAAAUAAUUUCAAUUAAUCAAGUAAUCAAAUUCAAUUAACAAAAUAAUUAUGUCUGUUAAAUAAAUACAUGUUCUUGACUGAUGAUACAAUGAACAAUUUUUUUAUUUAAUUUUUUUAAACUAAAGACUUUUUGUAAAUAAAAUUAAAAAACGAAUUUUAGGAUAAAUAAUAUACACAGAAAUACAAACACAGAAAUCUACAUACAACAUAUACAACAAUUAGUAAUUAAACUUAAAUAAAAUGAGAUUAAAUAAAUGUUAAACGAUCAAUCAAUUGCGUUAUUUGUUUGUUAAUUCAAUUAUUAUCAUACAUUACAAUUAAUUAGUGAAAAAAUAUAAUUAGAAAAUUACUGCCAGUAUGGUGGUCGUAAUUAAUAUUUGAAUUGAAACAUGUGUCAAUAAUUAAGAAAUUACAUACAAAUACAAUUAAAAAAUUCAUACUAAUACUAUGUAAUAUUAAUAAUAAUAAUAAAAAAAUGCUAAAUUAGAUUCAAACCCUUAAUAUAAAUAUUUAAACAUUUUUAAUGAAUGUUUAAAAUAUCAAUUCUCCAAAAUCUGUCAAUUUUUUUACCAAAUGAAUGAGAAACAAAAUCGAAAAUUUGUCAAUCCAGUUAUACAGAGAAAGAAUGUGAAAAUAAUUAAAUCAAUUAUUGUUUUAAUAGAUUUGAUCAAUCAAAUUUAAAUAAUUAAAUACAUACAUAUACUUGUGAAUUUCUUAGUUAAGAUUAUAUUUAGAUUAAAUAAGUGACUAAAUUAUUGAGGUAACAGGCGCAUUCAAUAUGAAUUUGUAUGAAUAUCAAAGUGUUGUUAUUUGAUAAGAACUCUAGAUUUUAAAUCAUUUAAUCAAUUAUUUAUGUAUGUAUUUGUAUGUGCUAAAAUAACAAUUGAAACGAAACAAAAUUAAGAACAAA